AUGGCCGGGAGACUCGCCACCUUCAUCAGGGAUGCCUGGGCCAAGGAGCCGGUGCUGGUCGCGUCCUGCGCCAUCGGGAGCCUCUCUUUGCUUCUGCCCUUCGUCAGCCCCUUCACCAAGUACGCCGUCAUGAUCAACAAGGUCACACCCUACAUACCAGUGCCCGUCCGAGAUGAUGGGAACAUGCCCGACGUGCCCAGCCACCCCCAGCACCCCCAGGGCCAAAGCCUGGAGUGGCUGAAGAAACUGUGAACUCC